AUGAGCGAGACAGGCUCUCAUGGUUCUCCUGCCUUGAAGGCUCCCGAGACCAAUUACCCCGAGUCUCGGGUCCUUGUAAUUGGCACAGGAGGAACAAUUUGUAUGCAGCAAGGCCCUGAUGGUCUUCAGCCAACAGACAACUUCUUGGAGAAUGCUAUGGCUCCUCGCCCAUCAUUCAAUGACUUUUCAAACCCAGAUACACUUCCAGCAGUUCGUGAUGGAGAAAAGAUCCAGAUCGACAGUCUUCGCACUCCUGCUACAGCAUACAAUCGCCAUGUCCGCUAUGGUAUCAUCGAGUUCAGCCCACUACUAGACUCUAGCUCUAUCUCCGCCCACGAUUGGGAUGCUAUGGCCUCAUGUGUUCAAGAAAACUAUCAUCUCUUUGACGGUUUCGUCAUCCUUCACGGAACAGACUCUCUGGCUUACACGGCCUCUGCUCUCUCCUUCAUGAUGGAGAACCUGGGCAAGCCCGUGAUCCUCACUGGCUCGCAGGCGCCCAUUUUUGCACUUCAAUCCGACGGUGUCGACAACCUCUUGGGAUCCCUCAUCAUCGCCGGAACAUUCACCAUUCCUGAAGUCUGCCUGUUCUUUCAUCACCGCCUUUACCGUGGAAACCGCAGCGCAAAGGUUUCAGCAACAGAGUUCGAGGCUUUUGCCAGUCCCAACUGCGAGCCCAUCGCCAAGGUCAAUGGCCUCGGCAUCAGCGUUAACUGGUCCCUUGUCCUACGUCCGACUUCGAUUGCCAAGUUUCACGUCACAAAGGGUCUUGACACUACUCACGUUGCUUGCUUGCGCGUGUUUCCGGGUAUCAAGCCUGAGAUGAUUGACGCCGUGCUUCACUUGCCCGAUAUCCGUGGUCUUAUUCUUGAGACAUUUGGCAUGGGUAACAUCCCUGGUGGUGCCGAGGGUCGUCUUACGCAGAUCAUCAAGGCGGCUGUUGAGCGUGGCAUUGUCGUUGUCAAUGUUAGUCAAUGUGUUAAUGGCUUUGUGUCUCCCGUUUAUGCUCCAGGUACUGUCCUCGGCCGGGCCGGUGUCAUCUUUGGGCUCGACCUAACAGCCGAGGCGGCGCUCACCAAAGUCUCCUAUCUACUUGCUCAACCAAACCUCUCAGUCAAGGAAAUUCAGGAGAAGCUCUCCCGGUCGCUCCGUGGCGAGAUGACAGAGAUUGCCCACCAAAGCUUCUCUCACCCCUCCGGCUCACUCGACUUUGCUGCAUCCCAUCUUACGCCAAGCGAGACUGCAUUCUCGGCACUCGGAUACGCGAUUGAGAAUGGCGAAUCGGGACUCGUCAAAGAAUUGCUGCAGGGUGAAGGUGCUCAACUCCUCAAGCAGUCUGACUACGCAGGAAACACAGCGGUGCAUCUCGCAGCGGUGGCCGGUAGAACCGAGAUCCUCCUUGAGCUGCUACAGCGGGGCGCCAGCGUCCACGAGCGCAACAAGGCCAAUCACUCGCCUCUAUUUGUCGCUGUCAAGUCAGGCCAGGAACCUUGUGCACAAUUGCUGCGCAUCGCUGGUGCCCAUCUGGCGGUGGAGGAGAGGGAUUCUAUGCCUGGCUAUGUGACACCCAAGUACAACAGUCACACUGGAGGACAUGGCCUCGGGGGGCAAGAAAACUCCGGCCUAAAUAUAGAGUAUCAAAAAUAA